AUGGAGGGCAGCAUAGGGCUCGUGGCGGCCCCUGCCCCCUGCCCUCCGCAUCGCUUUCUUUCGAAGGCACGGGGCAUCAAUGUUCCUCGUGUAGCCAGAGCCAGAAGGCAAAAUUGCCCGCGAGCAGCGUCACAAGUGGGCGACGUAGUCAAGGCGGGAGCCCCAAAG